UGCCGUCUUCGUCCAUCCACGGAGAGAGCGGCAGAGGCAGGCAGCUGGUGCGUGCCCCUCCCUCCCUCCGUGCGCUCCGAAGACCAACGCCGCCGCCCCCGGCGAGACGGCGCCCGCCCGCCCCGACGGCUAGAGGCUCGCCGCACGCACUCCAAUAAAAGAAAAAAAAAGAAGCAAACCAUGGCGUCCAUCUCCCCGGAGACCAUCGGCGGGGACGUCAAUCUGUCCAAGAUUCCGGUGGAGGAGGUGUUCAAGACGCUGAAAUGCGACCGCAAGGGGCUGUCCAGCACGGAGGGCGAGAAUAGGCUCAGGACGUUCGGACCCAACAAGCUGGAGGAGAAGAAGGAGAACAACCUGCUCAAGUUCCUGGGCUUCAUGUGGAACCCGCUCUCUUGGGUCAUGGAGAUGGCGGCCAUCAUGGCCAUCGCGCUCGCCAACGGCGGCGGCAGGCCGCCCGACUGGCAGGACUUCGUCGGGAUCGUCUCUCUGCUCUUCAUCAACUCCACAAUCAGCUACAUCGAGGAGGCCAACGCCGGGAACGCCGCCGCGGCGCUCAUGGCUGGGCUGGCGCCCAAGACCAAGCUGCUGAGGGACGGCAGGUGGGAGGAGCAGGACGCGGCGAUCCUCGUGCCCGGUGACAUCAUCAGCAUCAAGCUCGGCGACAUCAUCCCCGCCGACGCCAGGCUGCUCGAGGGCGACCCGCUCAAGAUCGACCAGUCGGCGCUCACCGGCGAGUCGCUCCCCGUGAACAAGCACCCUGGGCAGGAGGUGUUCUCGGGCUCAACGGUGAAGCAGGGUGAGAUCGAGGCCGUCGUCAUCGCCACCGGCGUCCGCACCUUCUUCGGCAAGGCGGCGCACCUCGUCGACAGCACCAACAACGUCGGCCACUUCCAGCAGGUGCUCACGGCCAUCGGCAACUUCUGCAUCAUCUCCAUCGCCGCCGGCAUGCUGGUCGAGGUCGUCGUCAUGUACCCGAUCCAGCACCGCGCCUACCGCGACGGCAUCGACAACCUCCUCGUGCUGCUCAUCGGCGGGAUCCCCAUCGCCAUGCCCACCGUGCUCUCGGUCACCAUGGCCAUCGGCUCCCACCGCCUGUCGCAGCAGGGGGCCAUCACCAAGCGCAUGACGGCCAUCGAGGAGAUGGCCGGCAUGGACAUGCUCUGCAGCGACAAGACCGGCACCCUCACCCUCAACAAGCUCACCGUCGACAAGUCCCUCAUCGAGGUCUACUCCAAGGGCGUCGACAAGGACAUGGUGCUCCUCUACGCCGCGAGGGCCUCCCGCGUCGAGAACCAGGACGCCAUCGACACCUGUAUCGUGAACAUGCUCGCCGACCCCAAGGAGGCCCGCGCUGGCAUCCAGGAAGUCCACUUCCUCCCCUUCAACCCGGUCGAGAAGCGCACGGCCAUCACCUACAUCGACGGCAACGGCGACUGGCACAGGGUCAGCAAGGGCGCUCCCGAGCAGAUCAUCGAGCUCUGCAACAUGGGCGCCGAGGCCGAGAAGAAGGUCCAUGCCCUGAUCGACGGGUACGCCGACCGCGGCCUCCGGUCGCUCGGCGUGUCGUACCAGCAGGUGCCGGAGAAGAGCAAGGAGAGCGCUGGCGAGCCGUGGCAGUUCAUCGGCCUCCUGCCCCUGUUCGACCCGCCGAGGCACGACAGCGCAGAGACCAUCCGCCGCGCGCUCCACCUGGGCGUCAACGUGAAGAUGAUCACCGGUGACCAGCUCGCCAUCGGCAAGGAGACCGGCCGCCGGCUCGGCAUGGGCACCAACAUGUACCCUUCCACCACGCUCCUGGGCGACAAGAACAGCACGGUGAACGGCAUGCACAUCGACGAGCUCAUCGAGAAGGCCGACGGCUUCGCGGGUGUCUUCCCCGAGCACAAGUACGAGAUCGUGAAGCGGCUGCAGGACCGGAACCACAUCUGCGGCAUGACCGGCGACGGCGUGAACGACGCGCCGGCGCUGAAGAAGGCGGACAUCGGCAUCGCCGUGGACGACGCGACGGACGCGGCGCGGAGCGCGUCGGACAUCGUGCUGACGGAGCCCGGGCUGAGCGUGAUCGUGAGCGCCGUGCUGACGAGCCGCUCCAUCUUCCAGCGCAUGAAGAACUACACCAUCUACGCCGUGUCCAUCACCAUCCGCAUCGUGCUGGGCUUCCUCCUCAUCGCGCUCAUCUGGAAGUUCGACUUCGCGCCCUUCAUGGUGCUCAUCAUCGCCAUCCUCAACGACGGCACCAUCAUGACCAUCUCCAAGGACCGCGUGAAGCCAUCGCCCACACCCGACUCGUGGAAGCUCGACGAGAUCUUCGCCACCGGCAUCGUGCUCGGAACCUACAUGGCCAUCGUCACCGCCAUCUUCUUCUACCUCGCCCACGACACCGAUUUCUUCACGGCCGUGUUCGGCGUGCAGUCGAUCAAGGAGAACGACAGGGAGCUGAUGGCGGCGCUGUACCUGCAAGUGAGCAUCAUCAGCCAGGCGCUCAUCUUCGUGACGCGGUCCCGGAGCUGGUCGUUCGUGGAGCGGCCGGGAUUCCUCCUGCUCUUCGCCUUCUUCGCCGCCCAGCUGGUGGCGACGUGCAUCGCGGUGUACGCCAACUGGGACUUCUGCCGCAUGCAGGGGAUCGGCUGGGCGUGGGGCGGCGCCAUCUGGAUCUUCAGCAUCGUCACCUACAUCCCGCUCGACGUGCUCAAGUUCAUGAUCCGCGCCGCGCUCAGAGGCAAGGCCGCGGGCAGCAACGUCCAGAACAAGUGAUACGUGUCGUGGUGCUUGUCUCGCGCGGGGACGGCGUUCACGAACAAGGACUGCGGCAAGAGGGCGAGCGCGA